AUGGGCAGAGUGAUUAGCAGGAUACCUUUCGGCAUCGAGGGAACCAUAAUGGACACACCUACGCUAAGUGAGCGCUGGCACCUCCGCUUGAAGAAUGAAGUCCUUCACAGGAAUGCGAACUCGCGAGCCGAUUGCUUAGUGGAGUUGUUGAUAAGAGCUGUAGAGGAUCUGGCCCAUUAUAACGAAAUCAAGGAUCGGCGUCGGCAAGUCGUGGGCAAGAUUGCAAGUUUUCGGACGCAACAAACAUCCAAACAGCAUCCUUCAGCACUGCAAUUGUAUAAGAGAAAUCCACAGAAGAUAUCCGAGACUAGCAGUAUUACAUGGGAUAUUGAAGGGAAAAAAACCAGAGGAGAAAAUGUGCACUGUCCUUUGUGCGGAGUGUGCCCUUAUACGUGGCUAUGCAGUUGUCUGGAAAACAGAGCCGGUAUUCCCUGUGUUCAUUGGCAUGCGGUAAUUGAACUGAACGGACCACAACACAGGGUAGAAAACUGGCUUCCGUUGCAUGGAUUAUGA